AUGCUGCAUACUAGCGACCUCUACUGGCAGAAGUAUAAUCAUUCAAAUAAUGCAAAUACAGUAGUAGAAACAGAAAGUGCUUGAGGAUUUCAGUCUGCAGAUUUUUCUGCCUGAUCUGUAUCUCUUGACCUAAUAUGCAGAUUGGAGCUUAGCUCUCCACCAAAUAUUGGAAUGAAUAUUUGUGCUGAUGAGUGUUUCAUUUAUUUAUUAAAUAGAUUUCUGGACUGACAUUCACCAAAAAUUACCACAGGACAGUUUGCAACAAAAGAAAAGCAAUAUGAAACAUAAUACUGUACAUUAUAAGCAGAAACAUUAAAAAUAAUUAUCAUACAGCACAUAAAAAAACAUAAUUAGCAGCAUCACAACAUAAAAAAAUGACAUCAGCCUUUAAAUACCUUUUUUUUAACGUGAGUUUUUACCUGGUUUCUGGUAAUAUAAAGUGGAUCCUCCAGUGUCCAAGAUAUUUGGAGUCUACACGUUGAGGAAGGUUGGUUUAAACAUUUUUUAAAAUGCAUUUAGAUACAUAUUUUGAAAUGAACCUGUAUAUAUACGUUUAAAUCGUAUUUUGAGAGAAAAUACACAUUUAAAUAUGCAUCAAAGUAUGUAUUUACAUACCUGCUUUUGAGAGGAAGUUAAAAAGAAAUUUGCAGAUCGUUGCAACGUGCAAAAAUGUCCUGGACUGGAAAUACACGUAUAAACCCAUCCCUACUAUAUACACUGCACUCCUGUCUGUUUAUUUGCCAUGGAUCAAAUAGAAGUUCUCUGGCUUGUUUGUUGCACAACCUUGCCUAUUUAUUCUUUGAGAAGAAUCAAAGAGAAGAAGCAGAGUUGGAGGUUAUCUAAGUCAUUUUCAGAAGACCUUGACUUGGUUUCAUCAGGAGGUGGUUAGAUCCCAGACAUUGUUUCUAGAUGCUCCUUUAAGCACUUGGGAAGUGAAAAUUGCCAGGGGCGGAUCAGCUUAUCACUACAUAUUGGACAAACAGUUCACUUCUGGGGCCCUUUCUUGCGUAUGCUUGCUACCUUUUUCCUGCAGAAACUCCUUUGCCUUUAACACCUGCGUUCCCAGCAAACAUUUAAGAGAGUGAAGCAUUUCUAGAAAUGGCUAGCCAGGUGAGGUGGAGCUGCCAUGCUAAGUUCCUGGCAGGAGGGUCUCUAUUAUUUACCUGUGCAAAGGGUGGAUUGGUACAAAUGCACCUGCUGGAAUGCCAAAUUGGUGGCAUUGAUGUGCUUGCCAGGCAAAGGGCCUUCUUGGUUGUGGCGCCCACCCUGUGGAACGCCCUCCCAUCAGAUGUCAAGGAAAUGAACAACUAUCUGACUUUUAGAAGACAUCUGAAGGCAUCCUUGUUUAGAGAAGUUUUUAAUGUUUGAUGUUUUAUUGUGUUUUUAAUAUUCUGUUGGGAGCUGCCUAGAGUGGCUAGGGAAACCCAGCAAGUUGGGCGGGGUAUGAAUAUAUUAUUAUUAUUAUUAUUAUUAUUAUUAUUAUUAUUAUUUUAUUAUAUUUUAUUUAUUUAUUUGAACUCUACUGACCUCCUCACCUUUCUUCUUCCCAGUAAGCCAAGAGCAUCCCACCUGCCAGGAAUCUAGCAUAAUCAAUCCACUUCACCCAGCAAGCUGCUUUUGAGCAUUUCUCAUCACUACAUCUUGGAAAAAACUUUGCCUGUGUUGCAGGUCAGUUUUAUUUAUUUAUUAUUAUGUCUGUAUCCCGCCUUUACUCCAAGGAAGUCAUUUUAUCCUCGCAGCAACCCUGUGAGGUAGGCUAGGUUAAGUGAUAGGGAAGGGCCCAAGGUUUCACCGCUGAGUAGAGAUUUGAACCCUGGUCUCCCAGGUUCAACGUUCUAACUGCUGCACCACACUGACGCUCUCAUCAAAAGAAAACAAUUUGGUAGUGCUCGAAAACAGUUGCUCCCUUGUUGCCCUGCCGUAACCCCCCCCCCCACUCAAAUAUUAAAUAUAAAGAAACAGAUUAGGGCCAGAGAGCAGAUGAUCCUGCGCUGUGUUUGUAAGGUGCUUCCAGACAUGGGGGUGUUGUCUGAUGGGUGCUACACAUGCAUGCAUUUUUUUUCAAAACACACGUUGUUGGCAUCAAAAUGCUGGCCUGUAUUUCCCCCCAUUUAAUCUUUAGUUAUCCUUUUCAAGGGAAAUCCGAGGGUGCUGGAAAACCUGUUUCCAGUGACUCAUUUGUGAUACCUAAACAGCCUGUUUGCAACAUAAAACUGCUCUUUUUUAGAUUAAGUAGCUAAGUCAGAAGGAAGAAAAUACAAGAAAAUGAGAAAUCUAAAGGAGAAAGCAAGAAAAAACUAAAGAAAGACAGAGGGUAAAAUAAAAGGACUUCUGGCUCUCUGCAGCUACCUGUACAUAUGAUAUUCAUUCUUUAAGAUCCAACCAUUCUAUAUUCUAUAAACCAGUAUUUUUUCAAUCUUCAAAUCCAGAUAUUACAAGGUAAUUUUCUCUUUCACGCAAAAAAUCCAUAAGAAAUUUCCAAUCCUUAGCAAACAUUAGUAAUUAUUUUUCUCUAAUUAAACAUGUUGGCAAUUGUGUUUUCUAUGGAUUGCUGUUUGCUCCGAUUCAGCGGUAAAGCAUGGGAUUUCACAGAGAAAGAGCCAAGGCAAACAAAAACAAAAACCCUGCUCAGAUAUGGAGCUUUAAAGUGCAGACCUGUGCCUGGAAAGCGCAGCGCAGAAGGAAGUCUGGAUGAGCCCUGCGUUCAAGAGGCGCUGAUUUGGUAGUUCCUCAUUAAAGUGCUUUUGAAAAAUUAUUUGUCCUCCAUCCCUAGCAAACACUUAUAAAAGUCUUGCUGUGCCCUCCAGACACCAGUUCCAGACUUUAGUGGUCACCCCCACCUCCCAUGAUGCUGUCUGAACACACAUCACCCUGCUGUGUGGCAGGGCCAGUCCAGUUUUGCACCUAGACAAAACUUUCAAAUUCUGUCUGGGAAAAAGAUGAUGAUCCAUCCCUGGCCAUGUGCUGGGCCUUUCUUUCUGUGCUUGCUGUCUGCAUCUGUCUGCGUGAUCCAGGAAAUCUUCACACCAUCACCAGAAAAGGCAAAAGUCAUGCAUCAGUCACUGUCUCUAAAUAGGUACACAAUGGGUGAUUAGAUUAGUCGCUGACUGUUUCUUUGAAAUGAUGCGUUCUGUUGGCUGGCACUUUCGGAACUUGGUUUGCACACUGACUUUAGAGCAUCCGAGUGGAAUAGCCUCUUCAGAUGCUAUAUAUCAAAUUGUGUGGCCUUGUCCAUUGGAGAUGUAAUACUCUCUGGUAAAGAAAGAACAUACUACACCUUCCGUAAACGUUUGAAAGUUCUUAGUCACCCUGCAGCCUUGUCUGUAAAGGUAAAGGGACCCCUGACCAUUAGGUCCAGUCGUGACCGACUCUGGGGUUGCGGCGCUCAUCUCGCUUUAUUGGCCAAGGGAGCCGGCAUACAGUUUCUGGGUCAUGUGGCCAGCAUGACUAAGCCGCUUCUGGCGAACCAGAGCAGCACACAGAAACGCCGUUUACCUUCCUGCCGGAGCGGUACCUAUUUAUCUACUUGUACUUUGAUGUGCCUUUGAACUGCUAGGUUGGCAGGAGCAUGGACGGAGCAAUGGGAGCUCACCCCAUCACAGGGAUUCGAACUGCCGACCUUCUCAUCAGCAAGCCCUAGGCUCUGUGGUUUAACCCACAGCGCCAUCUGCGUCCCUUGUCUGUAUCUGCAGCCAAAUACCUAGCUGGCUGGUGGCACCCACUGUUUCCUCAAAAAAGUGCAGUUAGGGGGACGUAUGCAUGAAUUAGGGUGUUUGGGGUAGAAAGAUAAUGGGGCAAUUGGGUGCAGCAUGUUGCAAAUGAGCAAAAUAUGUGAGAUUGUAGUAUGUGUUUGCUGCUUAUUUCAGGCCCAGGGGCCAAAUGUGGUAAUCUGGGUCCCUCCAUCUGCCCUUAGGGCUCUUUUCAGGCAAUACCACCCACCGGCUUUACCUCACACCCUCCUUGAGUGUUUUUUGGCUGGGCUGCAAUGUGCCCUUGAGCUCUCAGACUGAUUAUCGCUUGCCUAAAUGGAGGAGAGAGGGAGAUGUGUAUGUCGAAACUAGUGUACUGUACAAAGGUAAAAACUACAUUCAUUGUUCUGCCCACUUUGCCAGAGCUAAGGCUCCUGCUAGUGCAAUGAGGCUUCCCCCACUUCCCCCCAAAUCCACUCUGGAGAGUCAUGAGAACCCCCCAGAACAGAACGUAGGGAGAAGAGAAACAGAAUAGUUCUGUCUGGCAAUUACAAAUGCUUAUGCUGAUCUGCCUCAGCAAGGCAGCACCAUGUAAAGUGUGUUACAUUAGUCUAGUACAUGUGACUGUGGCAAAGUCUGCUUUCCUCAGGACAAUUUGCAGCUGGCACAUCCCCGAUAUUGUGGAAAAGCACCCUUGGCCACAGCUGUCACUUGUCAAUUCAGAAGCCGCGGUGGACUCGGACGUGCUUCCAAGUUGCAAAUUUGCUCCUUAAGAGGGGACUGCAACUCCAUUCAGAAUGGGCUGGAUUCUGUGAAAAGCUGCUCUGCCAGAACCUCCAUCUUGCCUUGAUUGAGCUUCAGUUUGUCUGUUACAUUAUACCCCUUGUGAGACAGAUUCUUCACACUUACAAUGAGCAGAAUUUUCAGGCUUUAUAAUGAUAUAAUAUGGAAAAAGCCAGCUGCCUUAACUCUACAGCUGCUCCCACAACUCCAUAGUAUAUAGAUAGAUUACUGAUAAGCCUAAUCAGUUGCCGUAUUGUAUGACGGUCAGAGUUGAAGGGAAGAUUACCACAAACAUACUUUGGCAUUUUACCUUGAAGUGUGGUAAACAAGCCCAGAGAGUUUCUUCCUCUGAAUAAACACCACACAUUUCUUCAGUAACCCAAAGAGCAGAGUGAGUAAAGUUUCCAGGGUAAGAUUUUUGAGCUGUUCUGCGUGUUUGCCUGAACUGCAAAUUAGUUGCUCAGAGCGGACUAAGAGGAAGCAGUUGUUAUGACUGAUAAUCUUAAUUAAAAUAAAUUAAUUUAUACCAUGCCUAAGUGGCAAUCAUUUUGCAAGCACCAUCUUAUUCACCCAACACUAUAGUACAGGUUAUUCCUGCUUUGCAGAUGGGGGAUGGGGGCAGAGAAGCAAAAUUUGCUCAAGGGAGCCCAUUGGCUGAAUUUUUGAAGUCUUCAAAAGUUCCAAGGUUCACAUUUUAUCCAGUGUGGUCUUGCAAGGGCUGAGCCAAGAGCAGCAGUCUGAGGUGGGAAUCAAGAACUGUAGAACUAAAUCGUCAGAACCAAAGGACAAACUGGGAAUCAGGGUUCAGGAACAAGACGGGAAAUUGGCUGGAUCAAGAAGAAGCCAGACCUUAGGGCUGAAAAGCACGUCAGGACUGUAGGAAAAACAGGGAGGCAGAAUCAACAAGCAAGCCAGAACCAAAGAGCAACCAAGAUAUCAAAAGCAUGCAAAGACUAGGAAGGUAUUGUUUCUCAAACAAGUUUCAGCUGCAACAGGAAGCCUUCUUAUACUGGAGUUUCCAAUAACUAGCCUGGGUAAGCCUUUAUUGAGCACCCAGGGCCUGAGAAUACUUACUGUGAACCUCCCCCUGGAGUUCAGCUACCACUAUGGAACAUCUACCCGCAGAUCCCACUAGUGGUUAAGCGUUGGGUAUGAAAACAAGGAACCCAGACUGUAAUAGCAGCUUGUUUCCAAAGGGCAGUAUGGGGAAUCCAACCUCAAAUAACUAUUUGUUGUUUCUGAUGUUUGGUUGGGAACAAGUGAGGAAACAGCUGCACAGAGAGCGACUGGGUCUUGGCAAUAUAGGAAACAACUUGAUUUUCUGCGCCCUAUUCUGAAGUACACUACUGGAGCAGGUGUCUUAAAAAUCAUCUCCAAGCAACGUCUCUUCAUCAACGCUUCACUUUCUCCAUGUCAGCACAGGCUGCAAGGCAGCUUCUGUGUAGAAGUAGUGAGACCUUUGAGACUGACUGGGGACGGUAUAACCAGUGGGUUUGAAAAAUGAUGGCAAAUGCCCUCCUCUUUGUGCCUUUGAAUUAGUUGUGACACACACACACACUUAUUUGCUGUGCUGUCCAAAGGGAAAUGCAGCUGGACCCACACAGCUUCUGGCCUCAGUCCCACCUUGAGCAGGCUGGAUCAGGCCAGUGGCCCAUCUAAGUCAGCAUCCCAAUGGCCAGCCAUAUGCUUGUGGGAAACGAGCAGGACCUGAGCACAAGAGCACUCUGCGCCCCCCGUCCCCCGAAGUUUGAAACAGCUGUGGGAGGAAGGGGGGCUUGACCCUUCCCCUGCCUGUUUCUUUCUCACUGCAAUUUCUGUCCAAAGGCUGUUUUCCUUGCUGGCAAAGGUAAACAUGAUCAGGAAGAAAAAACCUUGGAGAGGAAAAUGUAUUACAGGGGAAGGGAAGGAGGGGCAGUGAAAUAGUGGCAGAUGUGGGGAGAGGACAGCACCCCUCCUUCGCUGCUGCAGAUCACCAUCUUCCCUAAGUUGUUUUUCCUUAAUACAGUGGUACCUCAGGUUACAGACGCCUCAGGUUACAGACGCUUCAGGUUACAGUCUCCGCUAACCCAGAAAUAGUAUCUCGAGUUAAGAACUUUGCUUCAGGAUGAGAACAGAAAUUGUGCUUCAGCAGCGCAGCGGCAGCAGGAAGCCCCAUUAACUAAAGUGGUGCUUCAGGUUAAGAACAGUUUCAGGUUAAGAACGGACCUCCGGAACGAAUUAAGUACUUAACCCAAGGUACCAUUGUAGAAGCAGUAGUAGUAGUAGCAGCAGCAGCAGCUGUCAGGGUAUCGUUAAAUGUGUUUGAAUGUAAUGCAUAGUAGUUUUACCCUCAGUACCAAGUACAAAACAGUGUUAUAAAAAGUGGCCCCUGAGCUUUCUGAAGUGUAGCAACAUCUGGUAUCCAAAUACUAAUGAUCUCAUUACUUAUCAUCUGAGGGCUCAGAGUAUGUUUAUAUUGCAAUGAGUUAUAAGUGUGGAAUCAAAUUAAUUUUGGGUAUGCAAUGCCUGUGUGUUGGUCUGGAGCUGGCUGAGGUGAAAGCAAACAUACUGCUGCUUUCUCUUUUUCUUAAGGAUCAGUUCAGGGGCGAGGGAGGGAUUCCUGGUAACCUUUUGCAAGAAAGAGGCUGUCCCUCUAGUCCCUCCCCUUUGGUGCCAUGUGUUGGCUUGUCCUUCUGUGCCUGGAAGGAUUUGGCUGUGCUGAUUCCACUGUGGCUGAAAAGGUAUUGCUCACCUGCCCCUCCCCUCUGACUCAAGUCAAAACAAGUAACACAGUUUCUUUGGCAGAGCAAGACAGUGCCUGGAAGAGGGAAGCAGCCGAGGGGUCGGAAGUGUGAACUCAACGAAAAAUCCAGCAGCUUUGGAGAUUGGAACACCAGGGCAGAACUGGCUUCCUCUCGCUCAUUUUUCUCCUGAUACCAGCUAUUCUGAAUCAGGGACCGAGCCCAGCAGGUAAGGGAGUCCUGUUGCUUUCUGAUUCGAAAAGGGAGAGAGGGCUGUUGUUUAUUGAUGAUCAAUAUUUCCAAAUCAUUAGAAAAUGUUGUGGAGUAUUUAUUUUUCGGAAUGUAAGUAUCCAGCUUUCUGGUGUUCAUGAGAUAAUUAGACAUAGAAUGGGAACUGCUACUUUAUUGGGGUGAACCAUUAAUACUUGGUUACAUUAAAAAAAAACAGAGCUCUGGUGAAAUCAGCAAUUCUCUUCCUCUUCUCUAUGGGUUAUUUCACAUGUUGCAGAUUCCCUGCUUAAAGGAAGUCACAACUAUAGCAUUAAAAUCCACAGAUGGGUUGCCAUGUGUUACAUGUGCAAGCUUUUUGUCCUGGUUGUGGCUUCUGAGUGUAUGCGGUUACAUCUACAUGCUGCCUGCCUGUGAUUUCUUACAUGGAAGUUGCUUUUGUAUUGGAAAUCGGUAAUAUGAGGUGCAGCUCUUGGUCUGCUGGGACCCUGGGCGCUGCCCUGUUGUUCUCUCUCUCUCAGUCCUCCCUGUUUCUGCGGGACAAUACAGAGGAAGCUCUCCUGGGCUAAAAGGUGGGAAGGCAGCCCGGUGACUAGAGGCAGAACAGAGACAGAAAGGGCCUCAAGACAAAAUCACUUUCCGUGCUGAUUAUCUUGCCUGGUGGGAGUAAGCAGCAUUUGAGGUCUUUGGCAGGGACUGUAUGCACAUAGGAAUGUAGGGUCCUGCAAAACUGAGGUUAUUUCACGAGGCUUUUAUCCAGCCAGUAGUAACUGGUGAAGGGAUGUAUUGGGAAGUAAGAGGCUGCCACUAAUGAGGGAUUACCAAAGGGCUGGUGUGCUAGGUGCCUUUACCAGAGGGAUGUGGCAGCAGAGAUAUAGGGGCUGCUAGGUCUGCAGGCAUAUGGCAGCUGACUAGCUGGCACCCCCCAAGUGUGGGCAUGAGCUAUGAUACCAGCAGCCAACAAUGGGUGUCAAAUACCGUCGUACCUUGGAUCCUGAAUGCCCUGGAACUCGGACGUUUUGGCUCCUGAACGCCGCAUACCCAGAAGUGAUCGUUCCACUUUUUGGAACCCGAACGUCCAACGGGGCUUUUGUGACUUCUGGUUGGCUGCAGGAAGAUUUGAUUUUCGAACAUUUUGGAAGUCGAAUGGACUUCCGGAACGGAUUCUGUUCGACUUCCAAGGUAUGGCUGUACCUGCAAGGUGCUGACUUAGCACCCUCACAUGCCCCGGGCACUAAUUUGUCAGAUAGGGGCCCCUUACCCCUUGGCCACCAUUCAAUGUCCUCAGUGCACUGAGCACCCCUUUUAAGCGCACUGCCUCAUCUGCUGCCAGCUGCUUCAGGCGAUCUCCUGGUCCUACACAUUUGCUGGCCAACUGCACAUUAUGGAACUGGGCUGGGGAUAGUCUUGGUAUGGCUGGGGUUAGUGGUGGUGUUCUUCAUUUGUAGGAUGUGUUUCCUUGAGCAGCGCAAAUGGGGAACACACAGCCUUCAGUGGCAGCGGGAUUGUGGGGAGGAUCCCUAAACAUUUUUUGGGGGGGAGGGCGUGUACAUAUAAGCCAUUUCAAAAUGGCACAGGGAGUAACUUGACAACUAGUAUUGCUGCUAAAGGCACUAUUCGCUUGCUAUCCAGGACACCAGACCUCCUCUUCCCUGUACUGAAGGAAGUGUAGCAGCCAUUCUUGUUGGAGGCAGGCAGGGCCUGCCCUGCCAUUGCACAGAGUAGGGCCACCACCUCAGCCAGCUGGUUGUGUAUGUCAUGCAAGGGCAGCAAAUUCUCAAAUUUUGUUUUUCCCAUUAUUAUAUUUUUCCUGCUAUAGGGGUUGCUUUGGGGAUUUGCUGCCUCGGGUGUAAACAUAACAUUUCCAGCCUGGGAUGCAGUGUGGCUUGAGGUGGGACGGGUGCCACUUGCUGCUUCACCUCGGGCAGCAAAAUAUAUUGUGCCAACUCUGGGCUGGUGUUGCUGCUUCCCAGCAAUUGGGGUUUGGUGGUUUCGCAGCUGCAACGCCACAGAAUCCAUUUUUGGUGCAAUCAUUUUUCUGGUUUUCUGAAGUCUGUGGUAUUCUUCCAGUCAAACAGAUAACAUUUUGAAGAUACGCUUCAGUGCUGAGUAUAUUUUAGCCGCACGUUGGCAGCUGAUACAAACAGGGAGAAUAUAGCAAACGAGGUAUAAUGGGAAGGUAUUGAAUUGUGGGAGCUCCCGCCUGGCUAUGUGGAACCCUUCCUUCAGUGGAGGCAAAAUAGACAGCCAAGCUUUUCAGGGUGUGGGGUAUCUGGGAGGCUCCUUGGGGGAAAGGUGGUGAUAAUUAUUGCUUAGUAUUGAGAUUUUAAUCUCUUAAUUGUUCAAUUAAUCAAUUAAAACUGCACAGUUAAUUAAAAAUAAUAAUUCAGCCAGUUGGCAGCCCUGUUUCUGCCUUGGUGUGUAGAAGACAAACGAAAAAUAGCUCACUCAGCAUGAGUUACUUUUAAAACUGCCCAGGGGGUUGUUUAAACAUCUCUGUGACUAUGGUGGGGGCAGGAGGAGGGCUUUGACUCACAGUCUGGGAUUGGGCACCUGGAAGACUUUUCCGGAUUAUUGGUUUAUUGCACGAUAAACACACAGUUGUCCAUAUUAUGGUGUUAAAUGUCUGACAUGUCUUUCCUGAAGUAGGGGGUCUGUUCUGGCCAGGGAUAUUGUGUUUUCUGAGCACACAAAUUGCUGUGAUGUGGAAUUGUAACACACUUGUCAUAGCUCGCCCAUCUAUUUGUAGCGUUCAGCUCUGUCUGGACUAUGAUACUGUUUUGUCUCUAUUGCAGAGAUGGGUAGAGAAACUGUGGCCUUCCAGGUGUUGUCAUGGGACUCCCACUCCCAUCAUCCCCAAGCUAGUACAGCCAAUAGUCAGGAAUGAUGGGAGCUGAAGUCCAACAAGGAGGGUCAUAGGUACACUGUCUAUUGUUUUUGACAUUGCUGGUGGCAAGCAGCAUUCGUCAUAGGGACAUGGGAGGCUUCCUGAGCCCAACGACUGGUGUGCUUAGCUCAUUACUGUCUACACGGACUGGCAGCAGCUCUCCAGGGUUUCAGGGCUCUCUCCUAGUCCUACCUAGAGAUGCUGGGAUUGAAUUUGGAACCUUUUACAUGUCAAGUGUGUGCCACUGAGCCACAACUCUGAGAUUAUGUCCCAGUAACACUGCCACACAUUUCCCUUCCCAGUCUUGCACAAUUCUAUAAACUGGUGUGGGUGGGUGGGUGGUGUGUUUUGUUGCUGCUGCUGUACUUAUUUCUCUGGAGUAGAAUGUGCCCUUGCUGUAUUAUUCCAGCACAAGAGAGCUUCAUCACACCCAUGUCCCACCAGUUUGUUAAUCUUACCACCACCAGUCUUUCCCCCCCCCAGUUCCAGGCUGCGCACUUAUUUUCUUCAGCCCUGGAACAUCUUGUGUUCAAAAACAAAAGUAGUGUUCUAAGUACAGGGGGAAAGGUAGGGGGCUUUCGGUGAAACCACACCUGCCUGCAUUUUAGCUAAAUCACAGUUUCGCUGCCACUUCUAAAAAUUAUAGCUAUUUGGCCUCCAGGCCUGAGGCUCACCAUCAUCCCCUCUGGCCACCCUGAAAUUUGAGCAUGGAGAGCAGGGAGUAGGACUAAGGAUGGAUGGAUCUGCCAAUGUCCGUUUCCCAGAGUUUCUCAUUAUUCUGUGUUUCUUCCUUCAAAUUCUUCAAAUUCCUCAAGUCCUCAUAAAUGUUCAUCGGCGUUUUAGUGCAAAUCUCCCCUGCUAAACACAUUUUUGGGGGAAGCAAUUAUCCCUAACAUAAUGCAUUUUGUAUGUAGUUUUCACAUGUAUAUGCAUUUCAUUCACACUGUUCCCUGAUGUACCCAUUUUUGGAUACAUUCUUUGGCUUGACAACUGCUUCGCAAAAUCUGGAGAAAUCCAAAUUUCUAAGGAUAACUGUGUUUCAGUUUGCAUGUUUUAGGAAGUGUGGAACAGGGAGUUUCGGAUUAAAAUGUGAACCAAACGUAAUUUCUCUCAAACCCUUAGGCAGGACAUUGCUCCACUGAGUCCAACUAAUAACCCCUCUUAUUUAAACAAGCAAACCAAACUUUAUUCAUUGCUGUUAUCUGGAAAGCCCCUGAGUAUGUGUCAGUAGGUCAAAGCUGCAAACAUAUCCCGGAGGGAGUUUUGUCAGGCUGAGUAGUUGGGCAAGAAAUUCGUAGAAGAUAUUUUCUUUGCAGAGCUGCAGGUGAGACACCACCAGCCCUUUGGAAUUUUGGCUCCGAUGCUUGAUGGUGAAUGUGCUUCCCCUGAGUAGGCAUGUCCAGCAUUUCUAAUCUUCCAAUGGGGAUUCUGCAGACAUAGAAGGAUACGGAGGCUGAUUCCCAUAACCAUUAGCCUCAUAUUGGUUACUGCAACUCCACAUGAAAUUGAUUCAUGCGCUGAGCUGGUUGUGUGCAGGCCACCAAUUAGGUGGGAAAGUCACCUAGCCUCACCCACAUGGUUCUUCUGGUGCCAACACCCAUGUGCAUCAGCAUGGGACAUCAAGCCAAAGGAAAGUGACUCCCACAUCACACAUGAAUGUGAAGAGGGGCAGGCACUUAGAUGUUGACUGCAUGUUACGCACAAGUGAGCCCUGGUGCUAUAUUCUUCUUCUUCUUUUUUUGGAAAAGCCACUUUCCCAGCUAUUUGCAGCAGUGAAACAACAGGCAGGGAGAUGUUUUGGCAUGUCGCCUCCCACUACUCUGAAAUGCUUUUCUUUAAUGAUAAUGAUGGUGGUGGGGCUCUAAUAGAUGCAUUUGAUUAUAAUGAGUUGGCAUCCCCUCCGUCUAGCUGACUUCCUACCCUGAGAUUUCCUUUCCUUGAGGAGGAGGAGUCAUGUGGUUCCAUUGCAACACGGCGGAGGUUUGAUUACUCAAUUAUAAAACAUCUUGUUUUGGUUCAAGACUCCAAGGUUUAUGGCAUGAGCACGGUUUCUCUACAGGAGCAUGCAGACACACCUUUGGGUGCUAAAGUUUUCAGAGGGCACACAACUGCCUUCCAGAUUUUGCUGGGAAAUGCUUGGAGUUUGCCAGUGAUUCCUGCUAGUUAGAGCGGAACUCAGGAAGAGGGUAACCUGGACGAGAACAGACCACCGAGACAACUUUUACAAUACUUCCUAUUCCAAUCUUGCUCUUUUACAAGGAGCCUGGAAUUCCACAGUCUGCUUCCCAGCUUGGUAUAUUUGAUAUUACGUACAUGUUCAGGAGUUAAAUAAAAACUGGGCUCUGUGCCCAGGGAAACUAGUUCUUCUCUGGUAGAAAGGUUUAUGCAUCUACUCAGCGGCUGCCUGAAGCAAACUUCCUCUUGGCUAGCAAACAGGCAGCGUGAGUCUAAUCCACAGGCGAGAUAAGCUUAUUUGGCACAGAGGACCACACUGGAAAUGUUGUUUGCCAUCACAUAUCCACACUUUUCUCUACAACCAUGAGUGUUAGAAAUGUGCUGGUGUUUUUUAAAAUGAAAACUGGGAAGUCUCGGGAUUCUAACAAGUCCAUAGGUUGCCUAAGGGACCUUGCCUUAUAUGUUGCACAACCCUCUUCUCGUCUUUCCCAGGCAUUGAGAGCUGUUUGUGCAGCUUUAAAGAGGCCAAGUCAGCAGGGUAAUAGCCCAGUGCGGGCAGAACAAAAGAGAGGGUGUAGACUUGGAAUAUUUGGAUAGGAAUUGGGCAGCUGAAUAUAUUCAGGAGGGGUGUGUGUGAAUUGUUGGAACUAAACUUGCUUAGCUGCCUAGCAUCUCUGCUUAUUUUUGCAAUCAAACAGGGAAUAACCUACUUAAGGGCUGCAUGGAUUCCUGGUAACGUAAUGUCUUGCAUCAGAAUGGGUCUCUUCAGUUUUGGUGGUGCUUUAACAUGCUUGGACAUGUCAUUAGGAUGGGACUGGAGGCAGGAAGGACCAGUUAGAAGUAUGUAGCCUUAUCGUGUACAUGGAUGAUCAUGUCAGUCUUUGAAUUCAGAAUAGGAGAGAAUGGAAACUGACUUGAAUGAAUGUUUCCUUCAGAAGCCCCUUGACUUGAAAACUUUGUUGACUGAAAAAUUGCAGCCAGUUCACCCUACAGAGCAGAUUUGGAUUCAGGGGUUGUGGCUUUAUUGCUUGCUUGGAUGUUAUUCCUACACGUCAGUUUAUUACGCUGUGUUAUGUUUGUAUUUUCAGUGGACUGCAAAAGUUUCAAUAUGCAAAGGUUGCAUCUCUUUGUUCAAGUAGAAUUGCAUUCUGGAUUUUAUGCUGAUCUUUGGGGCCUCCCACAGGGCUCUUCAAGUUUGGAUUAUCAUCCUUUUCAUUGGGGCUUGCAAAACACUGUGCCUUUGCCUGUGCAGUUUGAUUAAAAACCACGUGGACUAAAACAGGUCACCUGGUGUCAUUGUGAUGUCAUAGGAAUAUAAGGGUCUAACCCAUGGGUAGGCAAACUAAGGCCUGGGGGCCAGAUCCGGCCCGAUCGUCUUCUAAAUCCGGCCCACAGAAGGUCCAGGAAUCAGCGUGUUUUUACAUGAGUAGAAUGUGUCCUUUUAUUUAAAAUGCAUCUCUGGGUUAUUUGUGGGGCAUAGGAAUUCGUUCAUUCACACCCCCCAAAAAAAAUAUAGUCCGGCCCCCCACAAGGUCUGAGGGACAGUGGACCGGCCCCCUGCUGAAAAUGUUUGCUGACCCCUGGACUAACAGCCGGAUCCAGUUCCCCACUCUGGAUUUUGGCUUGGAUAGUUCUCUUUAUUCAUGCCACUUGAUCCCUUAGCAAUACAGUAGAGUUUGGAAUGGCUGUCCUUUUUGUUUCUUUGGAGUGUCACUCUCCAGUCAUGCCUAUAAUCAUAGACCAUAGGUAGGCUUCAUCAUCAGUGAAUGUUGCAAAUAGGAAACAGGCACAGUUCAUGGUACUGCUUCAGCCACCCCUUCCUUGGUGGCUCUUGUCUUUCUGCUUGUCCAUGUUAACUAACUUCUGCUUUGUUUCAUGGUGAUAUCUGUCUGAAUGUGUGAAAUUGUGGAUGUAUGAACUGCACAACUUUGGUGAAGGAACACUUUGAAGCUUAAUCAGAGUAAUGGCAAAGGAGUGUUGGCACAUGUUCACAGGGCAGGAUCAAGUCCUGCUGGUUUGACACCUGUUUGGCCUAUGUAAGGAUGCUGGACUAGAUGGUCUGAUCCAGCAGGGCUCUUAAUACAUGCUUAUGUGCUUAUCUCAAAGUGCAGUAAGUGAUAUCUGCAAAAUUGAUGGAGGCAGCAAGGGUGUGUUCCUUGUCUGCUGUUCAUCUGACCUGGCCCUGCAAUUUCCCAUGUCUGCCCAUUUUUUUAUCCGCAUUGAUCAGAUGUGGAGAUUUAGCACAUGUGAGCCUUGACAAACCCCAUGUGAGCAUGCACACUUUAGACAAUAUUUCAUUUUGAAAAGAGAUACGUAGCAUUGUUUCUUUCCUCCCCACCUUUUUUUUUAAAAGCUAGACUGAAAAGCUUGACCAUCUUGGCACCAGUCUUACUGUGGAUCUUUGAAAUAUAAUAGGUUUUGCUAUGAAAGCCAAAGUCAAAACCCAACCUUGUUGAAUUGUGAGUGCUGUGAAUAGACAGCUCUGAAAUGAACAAUACUUUAUUAGCGUUCAUGGGAAGCUUAUGGAGGCAUAUUCACUGUUACAGGAAUCCCCAGUAAGGUGCCUACAGGCACAAUUGUGCCCUUUAGGACUUUCCCUGGCCCCCCAAAAACCUCUGGCCCCUACUGCCUCCUUUGUCAGUUGUAAGCAACCCCAUAACAGGAAUCCUGAUUCACGGAACCUGACAUUCAGCAUGCCUCCCUAGAAGAGGGAAUUUUUGCAGGUAGAGGAUGUCCACGACAACCUUCUGAUGGACUUUCCUCCUUGACAUAAUUACUGAACGUGCAGCUUUUGCUUCUGGCCACUUUCCCGUAGCUGCAUUGGGAUCAGCUGCAGAGUUGUGGCAUUUUGUAGUUCUGAGGGGAGUACACUCUGCCAUUGCAACUGUGCCGCUUAACUCAGUUUUAUGGAUGGGAGUACCAUGGCAGGCAGAGGAACAAAUUCGCAUCCACACAAUCUCCUGAUUGGAGCGAGGAAUAAUCUACAAAGGUCUGAAGCAGUGUCGCCCUAUAGCAGAUCUCUUUUCAGUGCUGUGAACCUUGUCCACCCAGGCCCAGCCCCCUUUGCGUUUUGUUUACCAGGAGACUGGUAGGGCCAGGAUAAGCUCCAGACAGAAACUCAGUGUGACUCUCAAAUUGACUCACCCAGGUUGGGGCAGGGGAGUGGCGUGUAAACACCAGGGGUUUGCUGCAGGAGGUAGGAUUGGAGCCACCCCCAGCUGUAGGGAAAGUGAGAGACUAUCCCUGCUGAAUGACAUGUCCCAACAUCUGCAAUGGGACCUUGAGCAGCUCUUCUGUUACUGGAGCCUGGGCUGGAGGAUGGAGGAGUAUUCUUGGCAUGGGGAAGCUCAUUUCAUUCAUUGCCAGAGCUGAGGAGCUGCUUGCUUAGCACACCCUGCCAGGAUUAAGAGGAGGCUCCCCACGACUUUUCCCCUCCCAGCCUAGCAGGAAAGAGAAGAGUAGCAGGUGAACUAGUCAAGCACAUGGGGAGCUGAGAAUUGCCAAUCAGGUUUCCUUCUGGAAGCCCUCAUAAAUUGCAGUUAACUGUGACAGAACACAGCAUGAAUAUUUGCUUCAAGGACUAUGUAGUGCUGGUAAGACAUGGACCUGAGGCCAAAGAAUAAAUCUGCCCCUGCCUCCCCACAACUUUCCCCAAACCAGAAAAUCUGCUUUCUGGUGUAGAUAUAAAGAGCUGGUGGCGCCUAGAGGCCAAGCUACAAACCAGGAUGUCCCCAGUUUGCUUCUCACUCUGCCAUGAAUUCACUCUGCAGCCUUAGGCAAGUCUCUUUCUCUGAGGCCAAGCCCUUCGCCUCCCUCCCAUCUGCCAUACAGAAUAAUAGCACUGACCUACUUUAUAGGGUUGCUGUGUGAUGUGCAACAACAAAAAAUGUAAGUGAAGUGUUUUGAAAACUAGGAAAAUGCUAUAUCAAUUCUAAAUUAUUAUCAAGUGUCUGUUACAGUCCAUGCUCUGUGUGCUGCUACACUUGAAUUGGGUUGUAAUAUGAAUGUCCAACUUUGUAUGCAUCAAAUAAAUAUUACCUGUGCAGUAGGGUUACAGACAAAGAUUGAUAAUUCUGCGUGUUCGUGUGCAGAAGUUUAUGGGUGUUUCUGAACAGGAGCUUUCCCUGCCUUUGUUUGGGUGCCCCAAACAAAGUGUCAAGACAUCUGCUGUUGUUUUGCUGUGUGGGCCAAUUUUGGUCUCACAUAGUGCAUUGGAUUGCACAACAGCCAGGCUGUAGUGGCCCAGACGAGCUUUUAUAUUUUAUCUUUGCUGAAUAGAUUGAUAGAUAACCAGCAUGGAAUGCUGGGUUUGGGUUUGCCAAAGGCCCAGUUUACACAGGAGCCCUAAAGUGAGGCUCCACAUGGUCAGAUGCUUCUAGGUAACUAUUUCAUGUAUCACUUAUGACAGCUGCUGCAGUAAUUGAUAGAGAGCCCAUAUCUUGCAUUCUCUCAGCCCUGUUAUUGCCACUUGCCUGCUCCCUUCUUCCAGGACCUGAAUUUCCUCCUUGUAGUAGUCGGAACCAAGGAAAUCAUUACAGGAAUUUCUGCAGCACUGGGCUAAGGCAUUUUGUUCCCCAAGAUGUAGCCAUGAAAGCCCCUCCCACAGUCAUGGUGCACAGUAUUCAAGGAUUGUGGGGUGAGGGGAACAGCCACAAGCACUUCUCUCCCUGCUUUCUGGCAGUCAAAAUACAACGGUCAGAAAUUAAAUAGCUAAUAAUUUGCUGCCCUUUCAUGACGGCCAAGUUCAGCUGCUUGAGGCAGUUGCCCCACUAUACCUAAGCGUAGAGCCGGCCCUGAAUUUUGGAACUGGUAGGUCCUUUAGCAACAUGGAGGCUCUGACCGUGUGGAAGCUCUAUAGAGGGGUCGUAUGUGAACUGGAGUGAAGAUGUGGCAUAAUUAUAUAAAUAAAUAAUGUGUGUGUUGCACACCUCAGUCUUUGCCUUAUUGUGUUAGCAGGAGACAUCACGGCACUUUCCAGGUGUGA